AGGGAAACUACAGACUAGUUACUUUGAAGAGGGAAGUGAUCCGAUUGAACUGUUUCAACGCAUCAAGUGCCGGAGGAGACGAUUUCCACGCCCUUGGUGGACCGAAACGAAGAACUAAGUGUUACUUUACGCUUGUCGAGUGAAUUCAUUCGUAACAGGAUGGAGUGGACUCUGGUCGCGCUGUCAGGUGCCGCUGGCCUUAUCGGCGUACUUGCAUUUCUCUUCCUUCGUCAAACGCCGUCCAAGAAAAGCUCCAAGUCUAAGAUAGCUCUGAAUCCAAAGGAGAAGAUUCCUUUCAAGCUCAUUGAGAAGGAGGUCAUCACGAGUGAUACGCGGCGAUUCCGCUUUGCUCUGCAGACUCCCGAUCAUGUGUUGGGUCUGCCAAUCGGCCAGCACAUGUACCUGAGUGCUAUGAUUAACGGCCAGCUGGUGGUGCGCCCGUACACACCGGUCACGUCUGAUGAUGAAAUCGGUUACUUUGACUUGGUCAUCAAGGUGUAUGCAGCCGGUGUGCACCCCAAGUUCCCAGAAGGUGGCAAGAUGUCUCAAUACCUUGAUGGUCUGGGUAUCAACGACACCAUUGAUGUGCGUGGACCAUCGGGCAAGCUUACCUACAUGGGGCAAGGGCGAGUGACUAUCCGGACUACCAAGGAGGAAGAGACGCGUGUGUGCAAGAAGAUUGGAAUGAUGGCGGGUGGAACCGGUAUCACUCCCAUGCUGCAGGUGGUCAGGCAGAUUCUGAAGGACCCCGAGGACCAGACUGAGAUGUUCUUGCUCUUUGCCAACCAGACUGAGAAUGAUAUUCUGCUGCGUGAUGAGCUGGAGGAGAUUUCUGCCAAGUACCCGGAACGCUUCCACCUCUGGUACACUGUCGACACCCCACCAAAAGAAUGGCGCUACAGUUCUGGUUUCAUUGACGAGUCCAUGGUCCGCCGUCACAUGCCCGCCUUCGACAAGGAUGUGCAGAUCUUCAUGUGCGGUCCACCGCCUAUGAUCAAGUUUGCCUGUGUGCCAAACUUGGAGAAGGUCGGCUUCACUGACAAGCAAUACUUUGCUUUCUAAACCAACUACGUGUCCUGGUCUGGAAACGCAGGCUUUGCUGGUACGCACCGCGUGCAUUUUGCUUUCUGGGUAACUGCAAAGCACGAGGAGCAACAGUAUCUAUAUUUCUAUUUUCCGGAAGAUUUGUUACCGCUUUGUAGCAUUUGUAGCUAGGAGUUUGGUGAUGGCACUCAGGAGUGUCCCUGGUGUUCAAUGGUUUCUACUGCGUUGCCAGUAUGCCAUGUCACGUGCGCAGGUGCAUCGCUGAGGCUCCAGGAUGGACUGUGUCUGUCGUCACGAUUAGCUUUUGAUCUUCUAAUCAUUGGCUGGUGCACGUGUCUCUUGCUUGCCAUUGCAGUCACCACAGCCAUUCUACAGUAGUCUUCUUGUCUUAGUGGGCUUAGUUUUCAAUGUCUUUUACAAACAUUUUUGUAGAAAGUUAGCAUAUUAUUGUGCUGUUGCAUGUGUAGUCAACUCGCAUUGAAACAUUGUUUUCACACGAAAGGAGGCAUUACCCCCCGAAAACCUUUUCAGUGUAAGACCCUUCCUUUCUUCUUCCCUUUCUCGCAUCUAUUCUUAUUUCUAUUCUGUUUUUGGUAACAAUCGUUCUUUGUGGAUAUGACUUGUACUACUCUCGUCGA